UCUUUCUCUCUCUUGUGUUCUUAAGUGACUUACUUGUCACUCAAUUUUGUUAAUAAAUUUUCAUUUUGUCGGCCCUCUCUCUCUCACAAACACUGUGUGUGUGUGUGUGUGUUUCACCUUUUGUUCCUGCCUCUUAUUUCUUUCCAGUAAUUUUUUUUACUGUUCGUGUGGCCGGAACAGGGGAGUUUGUUGACCUGCCAACUCUUCCAUAUUAUUUUCAAAGUUCACUUUAAAGAAGGAAAAAAAAAAUCAACGGCAUCAAGUAUGAACAAAGGGGAGGGAACUAUCUCAAAGCUAAACAAUCAACGCUCACAGAGGCAAUGAGAACAUCUAGUCCUAGCAAAUGCUGUGGCGGCCAUGGGAGACCACUUUGAAGGUUUUUUCGUACGCUCCUCAACAAGAUUCAAGGGCACCAACCAGUGGUGGAAUAGGAAGUUUUUAAAUGAAAGGCACUACUUCAAAAAAAAAAAAAAAAAUACUCUACAACUAGAUAGUAAAACGAUUGAAGGGCUCCAUCUAUAGAUAAGUAAAUAAUUGAGGCCAACCAAUACAUAGAUAAAUGAAUAUUAUAGGAUUAUGUAAGCAACUGCCCACACAAUUUCACUGUGAGUUUGCCCCUUUGGCACCAAACGGCAUUCUGCUGAUAUUUAUCGGCCUCGCUGGAGUUACUUCUCUUGUUUUAUUUUAAAAGAUGUUUAACAAAUAUAUUGAAAUAUUUAAUAAAAAAAAAUCUUUCAGGACAUGCUUAAUCAUGAAAUGCUGGAUCCUGAGUGUACUUUUACUAAAGUAUAGUUUAAACCCAAAAUUAAUUGAAGAAAGCUGGACCCCUUCAUACACACACGCAUAUAAAAAAUUGAACUAUGUCAGUUGCUGGAUGUUGCAAGACAACUAAAUAUUUAUUGUACUGUAAACUGUUGCUAGAACUGCAUCAUAAACUAUCACUGUACCAUACACUAUUGCUUGUGCUUUGGUUUUUGACAAUAGUUUUUAUAAAUAUACUGUCAUUGGAUAACAUUUUGCCAGUUGGCUAAUGUCAAUUGCUUUAUAUAUAUGCAGCAUGACUGAGUCUAUAUGGUCAGCAGGGAUUCCAUCCAAGCGGAAAGUGUUCUCCUGUCUACCAUUUUAUCGAAAUUGAGUUGCGUGCACAGAGGUGUGCACACAACAAAUAUGCACCAAAGGAGAGUAUGAGCUUUUUUGAAAUGUUUUAUACAGGAAGUGGACAUUUCAGACUGUUACACUUUUUUACAAUCUUUUUUCACCCUUUUAAAAAGUUUUUUCAUUAUUUGAAUGAGAGUAUUUUGGUCAUUGCUACUUCUGCUAACCAAUUUUUUGUGCACACCAUUAGCUUCGGUUCUUCUGCCUCUACAAACAAUGUACGAGAAAGUUUACAAGCACAUUUGAGAACCAAAAAGAAUGGAGAGAUAAAAUGCUACUAGGGAUGUAAAUAUAGAUCAGAUAUAUAACACCAGUUAAUGAGAAACACCACUAUAGGGUCAUUUGGCAAUGGCAGUAAUAAACUGUUUCAUGAGACAGGCAGAUUCAUAGAGCUCUAUGCUACAAUAUUCUAUGAAUUUGGAAAGAUUCAAAGACGAGUUUAUUGCUCUUCCUAUUACCAAACAGACCCUCUAGGUCACUCAUAAAAUUUGUUAAUUUUGAUGGUUGUUAGGUUAUGUAAAAGUACUUCUAGAAGUAUUUGAGUUGGAAAUGUUGUGAACCUUCAAAAAUCUUCGUCGAUUGUUAUGAAUACGUAAUUGCUUGAUCUUCAUGACGCAGAAACUGCGAGAGAGUGUCAUCUUUGUGCAUCAUUUUGCCUUCAAUGGAGGUUUCUUUACUGUUGAAAAAUGAUGGUAUGAUAUAAAGAUGCACUUUUAAGGCAGACCACUUGUCUGGUUCACUAUUUCUUUUCCCAACGUUAUCAAACGAAUCUCAUAGAUAUCAUAGCUGUAAAGUUGCCUCCCAUUUAAUUUGUUGAACUGCUACAUGACAUGUUCAGUCUCGUCAUGCCGAUCAAGUCUCUGACCUUUUAUGAUGAUUGUUUCAUUUAAUCAGGAAACAAGUGGUUAUUAAAUCUUUGAGAUGCUUAGUUUCUGAAUUGUGAUUCCACUGUGCUUGUUUAAUUGAAUAUAUAACGACCAGAUAUUUAUACAGUUUCUCAUUCUUAAGGAGAAAAUAAGUUGAAAAUGUCGUCUAGUACUAAAGGAAAUCAAUAUUAAUUUUCUAAACUUAUGUUCACCAAGUUAUGCCUUAAACUCUGUGUGUGUGUGUGUGUCUAUUACAUAUACACAUAUAAGCUAGAUGUUGACAAAUAGUUGUUAGGAACAAAAACUUUUUUAUCUUUUAUUAGUAUGCCGGGUUCUGUUUACCAGUGCUCUUAUCGGGCUAGAAAUUUGGAAGCAGACCCAUGAACGCCCCGAAAUGAAAAGUUCAUAUUAAGAUAUUUACCUUUUUGGUUUCAAUAUUAUCAGCCCAAGUCUUCUGAUAGAUAUUUACGGACAAUUAUCAUUUUACCACGCACUCACAGUUUUAUGCUAGAAAGCCAGCCAAUUUAUCUAUCCUAUGUGGAUUGAACAGAAAAUACUAAUCAGGUUGAACUUUUUCUUGUUGUCUGAAACUAAAUCGUUUUCGAUCUGUUAAGAUUAUAUAAAUAAAAUUUCUUUCUGCAAAAGUCAAUGCUGUGUAUACUUUUUCACAAACAAGGCUAAUGAACUCAUAUGGGUUUUUCUUUCCGUUAUUGAAAAAAAUUAAGCACCUUCACUCUGGAAUUAAGAUACAAUUAUUUCAAUUUUGUUAAUCAUGGAUCAAAGCGUGCUACAAUCAGCAUCCUUUUUCUCCACGUAAAAUCACGUGAAGGCAGACAUCAUUCUAAUUCAUGAGAUUUGAGCGGCAUUGCUAUCGCCGUGCUUGAACAAGUUAGUGAUGCAGAGCCAGACAGUUUGACAUGGGGGAUCAAGGGAGGGAGAUGCAAGACGAUUUUUCACUAUGUAUAAAUACAAAUGCCACUGUUCCUUCACAUACAGAAGAAUUGGUCAGACUGAGAGACAAUGAAUUUCACCACGUUUUUAAAAAUGGCAGUGGUGGUGAUGGUAAUGGCAGUGGUGGUGAUGGUACCAAGCUGGCCGCCAUCGGAGGCAGCUGAGAUUACUGAUUCUGAUUAUCAUGACGCGCUUGGAAAAGCCAUUUUGUUCUUUGAAGGCCAGCGAUCUGGCAAGUUGCCGGCAAACCAAAGAGUGAAGUGGAGAGGAGACUCUGCCCUCUCAGAUGGACGGCUGGCAAAUGUGAACUUAGUUGGAGGGUACUAUGACGCUGGAGACAACGUAAAAUUUGGGUGGCCAAUGUCAUUCACGGUGAGCUUGCUGGCCUGGGGGGCAACAGAAUUCAGGAAGCAAUUACAGGCAGCCAACCAGUUGAACCACUUGCUUGAAGCUAUACGUUGGGGGACCGACUUCAUACUCAAAUCUCACACUUCACCAACCACCCUAUAUACACAGGUUGGAGAUGGGAAUGCAGAUCAUCAAUGCUGGGAGAGGCCUGAGGACAUGGAUACAGCCCGGACAGUCUAUCAGAUUGAUGCAUCUUCACCAGGCUCCGAAGCUGCUGCAGAUGCUGCUGCCGCACUUGCAUCAGCCUCCAUACCAUUUCACAAAGUGGACAGAAACUAUUCAUCUUUGCUCUUAAAGAACUCCAAAACACUUUUUGAAUUUGCAGACAAGUACAAAGGCUCAUACCAAAAAUCCUGCCCUUUCUAUUGCUCCUAUUCAGGCUAUCAGGAUGAGCUUCUAUGGGCAGCUGCAUGGCUAUUCAAAGCCAGUAAAAGUGAGAAGUAUCUAACCUAUGUGGACAGUAACCAAGCGUGGAGCGAACCAGUGUCCGAGUUCAGUUGGGACAAUAAAUAUGCUGGAGCACAAGUUAUAUUGUCAAAGGUCUUUGGAAUGGGAAAGCAGGCACUCAAAAAGUACAAAGCUGAUGCUGAUUCAUUUCUAUGUGCCUUAAUGCCACAGAGCAGCAGUGUGCAAAUUCACACUACUCCAGGUGGACUUCUGUAUACACGAGAGAGCAGCAACCUACAAUAUGUUACAAGUGCCUCACUUUUACUAUUCAUCUACUCAAAAACACUCCAAAGAAUCAAUGUAACAUCUGUUCAAUGUGGCACGAUCUCCGUUUCUCCCACUCAAGUUAGAACCUUCGUGAAGUCUCAGGUGGACUAUAUACUUGGCAAGAAUCCAUUGAACAUGUCAUACAUGGUAGGAUUUGGGAGGAAAUAUCCACAGCAGCUGCAUCAUCGCGGUUCAUCCAUCCCAUCUAUCAGAAUGCACCCAAACAAGGUGGGCUGCCAAGAGGGAUACUCAAUUUGGUAUAAGGCCAAGACUCCCAACCCCAACACACACAUGGGUGCACUUGUUGGGGGUCCAGACUCCACAGACCAGUUCACAGACUCUAGGUCUGACCACUCUCACCUAGAGCCCAUUACCUAUAUGAACGCUGCUUUUGUUGGAUGUUUAGCUGCAUUAAUAAAUCACUCUGGUUCCCAAAAUCUGAAGAUCAUAAAUAUGUCUGUCCCAGAGGAUUCUUACACACUAUAAUCAUGGUGAUAUUAAUGACUGCGUAAAAAAUAAAUGUAGAAGUGAACACAAGGAAUAGUAUUAAGCA